UAGAAUAGAUGUCAAAGGAACAAGCAUGUUAUAGCCAUUAUGAACGGGGGGGUAUGGAUUCCUCUUUCACGAUUCUUUGUUCCGCCCCCUUUCCCAAAGCAAUCCGAACUACUCUUUCAUUCAAUCCCAAUUCGGAAAUUCCACUGGACAUUUCCUUGUCUUCCACGAGCUAACACGGCCCGCCCCUUUUAAUAAAUGUAGACCUACAAUGUCUUGUCGCAGCCUAGGUAUGAGACGGAGUAAUCAUUUUUUUUUUCGCACUUUUCCCCCCAUCUUCCUGUUUCUCGACCAUGGACGAGGCACUCCAACGCGACAUCGCUCGCCAAGAACGCGACGCCGACGGCGGCGGGCCUGCAGAGCAACCUCGUCCUCACGACAGACGAGGACAGCAACAACUGAUCGACUGGGACACCUGGUGGCGGAUCAUCAUACACCGCAACGCCGACAUCGUCGAGCUCCCGGAGCCUCCGCCCAAAAAUGCCUACACCAACCGAGGGCGGCGCGCCUCCCCCCCCUUCCCCUUCAACCUCGAGGCAACCUGGUACUGCGGGAUGGUGAUGGCGGUGCUGCUCUCCGCGCACUGCGAGCUGGACACGCAGUGGCUGCACCGGCGCGGGUACGUGGAGUACUUCCUGCGGAUCGCGAUCCGGGCGGGGCGCACGGUGGCGCUGUCGAUCAACAGCACGCUGUGGUUCGAGGUCUUCCUCAACAUCUUCGACCUGGCGCGGGUGGCGCUGCUGGACCGCCUCGCGCUGCUGGUCGACACGUGGUUCGUGCGGCUGCUGGGCUGGGGGCUCGUCAACGACCGGUGGCCGGCGGAUCUCGACGACGUCGUGGAGCUGCACCCGGACCCCACGCACCUGCGCGAGCCGAUCCGGAGGUCGGUCAUUGGGAUCGUGGUCCUGGCGUUCAACUUCUUCGUCACCAUGGUCCCGUUCUUCUCGCCGAUGCCGCUCGAUCCGCAGGUGACGGGCUCCGGGAAGCUCGGGGGAGUCGAGGGGGCGGAGGAGAAGCUGGGGCUGGGGCUGAUCCUGUGGGAGUUUGGCAUGCCGGCGGUCGUGCAGACGCUGGUCGCGGUGUUCUUCUACCUGCUGGCGUUUGUGUUCGUGGCGAGGGCGGAGACGCCGGUGAUACUCAGGCGGGGCAUGAGAGACCCCCUGGCUAGACUCGUAACCAGACUGCUCCGCGCGACGGCGAUGCACCUGCUGGCGUAUACGGCGUACCAGAUGGUCUGCAUCGCCAUCGUCAACAGACAAAACUCGGCGAUUCCCUUUCUGGAUGACUUCAUCUUCCACUUUCUCCUCGGCCGCAAGAGGAUCUACGUGCAGUUUUUUCCGGUCGCCGGUACCUUGAUUGUGGGUGCUCAUUUGCUGCUCAAGAGUACCUGCAAGUUGUGUGUAAAUCUGUUUUGGCCGUGGUGGGUUCCGUACAUUGCGUGGAUGUCACUUUUGACAGAAGCAUCGGUUUGGUCUGAUAGAAGUGUACUUGAAGGGUGGGAGGUUUUCGAUGAGGAUAUGGAUGUGUUUCAUCCGGGUACGAGAGUACUAUCGAGAGCGGCGAUGACAGUUUUGUUUGGGUUGGGGAACUCGUGGCCGGCUAGGCUGAGGUUAAGUGAACUUGAAGGUGUUGAUUAAAAGGCUCUAGGCAGUUAGUUAGCUAUGUUUUUAUAGAUUUUAUACCGAUGAUAUAUUUCGUCCACUGCACUGGGACCUCAAUGCCUAGGUGAUCAGCAUACUAUUAUGAAAUCUUUCUAUACUCAGCUAUUCGCAGGUAUAUAUUCCUACCGCUACUAAGGUAGUAGAAACUAGGUACCUAGCAUUGAACACU